AUGCAAACUCCUGGGACCUUCCUGCCGUACUACGACGUUGCAAGGUUUGGCCUCAACGCGACCAUCAUCCUCGACAAGAUCAUUAGUAAUGCCGCGACCGACGACCUGUUCUCACUCGUAGCCGACUUUGCCCAUCGCUGGUUCUAUGCUGGUGAGUGACUCCCUCAGUACUCCCUCCGGCCUGGGGAAGAAGCUAAGCGCCAGGAUCGGCCUCCGCCCUCCACUCCUCGGCCCUCCUUUGUUCUGUCGGACGAGUCACUGAUCCCGAACCUUUGAAAUUCCCCGUGCAGAGAUGCCAUCAACAUAUGCAAUACAGCUCAAAGUCAUCUUAGGGGUAUUCGCGUUGUGAGUGUCGCAUCGCAUGCUAUCGCCGAUCGGUAUUUGUUCGAGCUGACGAGUGCUAUUGGCGGCAAUCAAUCCGUUCACCGACAGCGAAACGAUGCUCUUCGUCGCCUCGCUACUCGUACGAAUGCGGGUGCCCUCGGGGUUUUGGAUUUUCAGGUGGACAAAUACGCCUGCGGGUGACUAUAUCACACCACACUUUGCAGUGUCAUUGCAGAUCGCGUCCGCUUUCUUCCUCCUGGGUGAGCCGUGCCCGGGAUCACGAAGCACUUGAGCAGGCGGCGCGAAGGUCUAACCCCGUUCUAAGUCCUGUUCCGUCGUGUCGCAUCACAGCUUGUCAAGCAAUGAUGUGGGUAGGGACGCUGCAUGCGAAAGGGCGCUAUGUUGCCCAUUUUACUCUGUGGCAAUUGUUGCCUUUCAUCCCAUCCUACCUCUCGGUAUGGUGCUUGGUAAGUCGAGGAGUGCACACGUUCUGCCCUGAGCACGAAUAGGAGCUGACCGCAUAUGUGUCUUCAGUCGUGGUCUCUUUACGUGGCCCAAAGCGUGUUUGCGCACAGCCAAAGACCCCACUGGAGCACGUCGCCGAGGGUCCUCAACGUCCACUUUUGCGCUCUCUUGGCCGUUAUCCCGAUCGUCAUUGGGCCCAGUGUUUUCGCCGACUCGCAUUACGAGCGCGUGUAUCGCACGACCGAGGGGCUACGACUCAGCGCGUUGGCGUAUGCUCAGACCAAGACCCUCCUCGAACUCAAGCUGCCAUUAUGCUGCGGGCUUCGACACCUACAAUACAGUCCAUUCUCGAUGGAUAUGCGCAUUUCAUCGACCCUUUUGCGCCGUGUGGAUCGUCUGGAUGAUUGGCACCGCCUACAUCUACGUUGUGAGUCCCCUUGGGUUGACACACUGGAAGGCCCCAUGGGGAACUCACAUCAGUACCUCCUCGAUUAGAUCCUCUGCGUCAUCGCCGGUCGCUACUUCGCCUUCUUGCGCGGCGAGUUUCGGAAAGUCGACGAGGAAAAGCUUUCAGAGUCGGACCCAAUUCAUCGAAACUGUGCGAUCCGCAGCGCCUUUUGGAACGCGCUCCUGACGUGCGUCUGCGUCACCGCGAUCGGCACCAUCUUCACCGCGACGACCUUCUUCCUCGUCUUUGCCACGAGGCUCGUGGUCUUGAAUGGGUACGCGUUCAGUAUCGCGGUAAUAUCGAUGAUGUGGACGUUCGCGAUUUGCGGUUUCCCAGCAGGGGUCUUAUCGCUCAUGCGAUCCAUACAAGGCUUGCCGGGCCGACCAAAGGAGGCGCUCUUCGUCUUCAAGGCCAGGAGUCAGACUCGACAGUCCACGAUUCCUAGUGCUAAUCGAGAGGACGGUGUACGAACGGUGCGAGCGGGACCAGAAAUCCAGUGGAGACGAAUGUUGGGUUGACGUCGCAUAUUCCUUGAAGCGGAUGGUCGGAUCGAAGUCGCCGGAUGGACGAUCCAUGAUUCGGAUGAGCUCGAGUCGCCAGGUGAUGAAUUUUGUGCGACGCGUUCUGGGACGCCCAAAUCUCCGUUGGAAAAGAACGGCUCGUUGGGUCCUGCAAGUUUGGGAAGGAGCAGGAGGCACGUCGAGCCUGAGGGUGGUCGUCCCAUCGCCCAUCAAGGAGUCGGAAGAGAACGAGGAUUGAAUCUUACGCAAAUGUACUAG